AUGCCUGCAGCGACGCCCGCUUUCCGUUUCCAAGACCUCGCCGUCGAACUCCAGUUCGCGAUACUUGACGAGGUUAUCAGCCUAUCGCCGUCUGAUCUCUGCGCCGCCGCCGUCGUCUGCCAGACGUGGAACCAAUAUGUGACUCCCCAUCUCUACCGGCACAUCACAUUGACCAAGUCGAACCGCGAGGCCGUCUUCGCUGGCCUCGGUCUCGACUAUCUCUCCGCCUUUGCGCUCGAAUCACGAGCUGAUGAUGUGCCAGCGGUCGACACGACCCCGAACCGCAAGGUCCAAGCGCUGUCACAUGUCAAGACGCUCGCUAUUUCAGAUUCGAGCGGAGCCCUUGCGCUGGCUGAGGCCCUGGUCACCCACGAUGGGGUCUUGAGCAACGUCGAGGACAUCUCCAUUGGCUCCGCCUUGUUCCGCCACCUCGUCAACAGCGGUCUCGCCGCAUUCGGACGGCCCCGAUCGGGCUCUGCCUUCAUGGGCGAGACGCUGGUGGCGCGGCUGAAGCCGAAACGCGUCCACAUCGAUUACCCGGCCUCGCGAGUGCUUGGUUCGUCCGCGUUCGAUCCCGUCCUGCUGGCACGCGUACUGGCUGUCCUCAUGAUUGACUGGAACCCUGAAACUGUCGACUAUCACGGAGUUGGCUCUGACUUUCCGCCCGUCCUGGGUGCCAUGUCACGUAUUCACUGCGCGCCUUGCAUGCCGGCAGACGGAGAGUGGGAUGACUGUGACGGCCUUGCCUGCGGCAGUCAUGGAGCUCUCGUGAGGAUGCACCUCCGAAGGCUUUUCGGUCAGCACGCCCGUGACGAGCUGCUCGAGGCUAUCGCGGAGGGAGCCGACCCUACCGACGACGAGGACCUCGACCCCGAUGAUGUCCCGGAUGCGCUCCAGGCCAAGGUUGAGUACCACGGGGUGCCGUGCAUCGUGGGCGCCGACAUGGACGCUUUCCUCCGCAAGACUUUCGCUCAUUGGCCGGUGGAGAUUGAUAUUGGUGAACGCGUCGCCUUCUACCCUUGA